AGGAGGAGGAGCUUGUUUGUUGACAUCGGACGAAAACGAAAAUCAGAUGGGUGAAGACUGAUGAUAAUAACUUAAUUUCUCGCCGUCAUCAAGACAUACAGCCUUGGCGAAAGCUAAGGUCCCCUGCACUGCCCUGUCUUUGAUCUGAGCCAGAGAAGAAGAGGCUAACAUGGCAGCCAAAGCAGGAGACAACCCCGACAGCCUCAUGACUCUGGCAACAAUCUUCUGCCUGAGGAACCUUAGGAAGACCAUGUGCUACCAGGGAUUCAGGAACAAGCUCUGUCUGCGCUCGGACAUCUUCCUUCCCAGCGAAAUCUGCGACAAGCUCGUCAACACAUACAUGGAGUUGGUCCACACAGACAGUAACUUUGAACCAGAGGAGAGCUUCUUCCAACUCUUCUCAGACCCUCGCAGCACCAGACUGACCAGGGUACAGCUGAGAGAGGACUUUGUAGGUGACAGAGAUCUGGAAGCCAUUAAAAAACAGGACCUGAUCGAGCUCCACCUCACCUACUGCAACAGUCUGUCGUCCCGCAGCUUGAAAACACUGACCUGCUUCAGGGAGACCUUGGUGUCUCUUUGUCUCUUCGGCUGCAGCCACAUCUUCUACAGGAAGGGUGGCGCCCCACUCGCCUGCAACGAAGACACUGAGGAUGAGGAGGAGGAGAGCCCAGCUGCUAGGCAAGCAUUAGAGACGGACUUUAACUUCCAGGGGUUCAACCGCCUCAGGUUGCUCAACUUAGGUGGCCUGCCUGAUGAGGCGGAUGCUGAGGCGCUGCUCAAACCCCUGAAGUCACUCACCUCACUGGAUCUGUCAAAUGUACAGUUGCUGGGAACAGCUUUUCUCACCCAGUGGAAAGACAGACUGGCAUCUCUUGUUCUCUACAAUGUGGACCUGUCAGAGGAGUUGGUCAAUACAGUGGUGGAGAUCGUCAGUCUCAGGCAUCUUGACAUCUCUCGGGAGAGCAGGCGGACCUCCAAAUUUAAGAUGACCAGGAAAAUCCUGACGGCCAUCGUACAGCGUCUGGUCAAUCUGGUGUCACUGGACAUCUCAGGUCACAUCAUGCUCGACAACUGCACAGUUCCACACUUUGAAGAAGCUAUGGGUCGGCCAAGCAUCGAGCCAUGCAAGAGCAGCAUCUAUCCUUUCCAGGAGCUGAAGAGGCCCCUGCAGUUCUUGGGCUUAUAUGACACCACCCUCUGUAAUGUGACACACAUCCCUGCUUAUAAGGUGACUGGAUCAAAGAAUGAAGACCAGGUCCUGAACGCCAUCGAGGCUUACACAGAGUUCCGCCCUGAGCUGGCCCACAGAGCCAUCAAUCAGCUGUUUGACAUCGCCAGGAUACAACACUGUAGCCAACUGCUCCGAGCUUUGCAACUUGUCAUAGCAGCACUGAAGUGCCAUAAAUAUGAUAAGAGCAUCCAGGUGACGGGCAGCGCUGCUCUCUUCUACCUGACGAACACAGAGUACCGCAGUGACCAGAGUGUGCGGUUGCGCAGAGAGGUCAUUCAGGUGGUGCUAAAUGGAAUGGAGCAGUACCAGGAGGUCACUGUCCAGAGGAACUGCUGCCUGACUCUGUGUAACUUCAGUAUUCCAGAGGAGCUGGAGUUCCAGUACAGUCGGGUCAACCAGCUGCUGCUGAAAAUUCUGGAGCCAGCCAGGCAGGACGAGUCCAUCCAGAGAAUUGCUGUGCACCUCUGCAAUGCUCUGGUCUGUCAGGUGGACAACCAUCACAAGGAAGCUGUGGGGAAGAUGGGAUUUGUCAAGACGAUGCUGAAUUUAAUACAGAAGAAGCUCCAGGACAGAAUGUGUGACCAGGUGAUGGAGUUUUCCUGGAGUGCUCUGUGGAACAUCACCGAUGAGACGCCCGACAACUGUCAGAUGUUCCUCAACUGUCGGGGCAUGAGCCUCUUUCUGGAGUGUCUACAGGAGUUUCCAGACAAGCAGGAGCUUCACCGCAACAUGUUGGGGCUUUUGGGAAAUGUUGCUGAGGUCAAAGCACUGAGGCCACAGCUGCUCACCCCACAGUUCAUCACUGUAUUCAGUAACCUGCUGGACAGUAAGGCUGAUGGGAUUGAGGUGUCAUACAACGCGUGUGGCGUGCUCUCACACAUCAUGUUUGAUGGGCCGGAGGUUUGGUCGAUGGAAGAUCCGCGAAGAGACACAGUGAUGGACAAGAUGUGGGACGCCAUCCAGAGCUGGGACGUCAGCUCACGCCGCAACAUCAACUACAGGUCAUUUGAGCCCAUCCUGCGCCUGCUGCCGCAGAGCAUCUCCCCUGUCAGUCAGCACUGGGCCACCUGGGCUCUCUACAACCUGGUGUCAGUUUACCCAAGCAAGUAUUGCCCCCUGCUGAUAAAAGAAGGAGGGAUAAGUCUUCUAGAGAAAGUUCUGGAACUGGAAAGCUCACAGCCAGAGACCAAGGACAUGGCCAGCAAAGUAAUGGAGCAGUGUGAGAACUUCAAAGAGGACCCCAUGGAAACGAAUCAUGGACAGGAGGUAAACUAUGGACAGAGAGGUUGACCCCACAGGAGCCAUGAUUUCCCAGCAAACAUCAGUCAAACCAACCUAAGGCCCCUCCUACUGUCAUCACCACAAGGGUCACUAGUGUGCAUUCUUCUUAUCAUUCUUCUUAUUUAGUAGAGCAUAAAUGUGUCUCUGACCCUUUUCACAGCAGUUUGGACAAAACCUUAAUAUAUGACACAUAGGACUUAAGACGUGGUGCAUGGUGUUUUGUUGUGAGGGUGCUUAACUUUGCUACACAUAAGCAUCUCUUCUGUUGGGACGGGUUUGUGGGUGUGGGUGACUGUUAUCUCUCACUGUGUUUGUGUGUGUGUGUGUGUGUGUCUGUGUGUGUGUGUGUGUAUGCGCGCGCGUGAAAGAUUUAACGACAGAACAAAACAGUUGGAGUGAUGCUCGGUGGAAGGAAACAAAGCCCUCCCUAGCUCACUAGCUGUGUAACAUUGAACAAAAGGCUAAAGGCUGCGUAGUGACCUGCACCGCCAUCAGAGGUCUCAGCUCUCACACUGCUCUCGCACAGUCACUCAUGCUUGUGGAGGCCACUGAGCUGUCGACACAGUGAAUAUUAGCCAUUAACGGGUGUAGGCUGCAGAGACGCGUCACACUGAUGUUGACUGGAGGAAAGUCUUCCCACACUUUGUGGCACAAUGAUGGACUUCUUUGUUAUAUAUGUAAAUAUUCUCUGUUUGUCUCAUCCUUUUACUGUGUGUAUGUUUUAUAAUAUAACUGUAAACACUCA